CUGUUCACUAUUUUAAAACCGCAGUACUUAGUAUAGCCGCGGUGUCAUGUCACGUAGCUUUGAACUAACGUCAGAGCUAGCUUAGCUAGCUAACCAGUCUCAAAUCAGAAGCUAACGCUAACAGCUGUGUUCUUUAAACACUAACGUUACGUCACGUUAACCGCCAAUGCUGUUUAUGUUUUCUGGGGUAACGUUAAUUUAUGUUAAGCAUGCUGUCUCGUAAAACAAAUACUUUUAAAACGUUGGUCUAUGUUUCGUGACUGUAAGUUACGGUUCGGUAUCUGCUCAUUGCCUCCGUUAGCUUAUCGUGUUUACGGCCAGGAAAGUAACACGCCUUUUGUUUAUUGUGCUGCAGGUCUUCAGGAUUUUGUUUAUUGUGCUGCAGGUCUUCAGGAUUUUGUUUAUUGUGCUGAAGGUCUUCAGGAUUUUGUUUAUUGUGCUGAAGGUCUUCAGGAUUUUGUUUGCAUCGACUGCUGAUUUCUCUGCACGUGUCAACAUGGUGAACGUACACAAAGGUGUCCUUGUUGAAUGCGAUCCUGCCAUGAAGCAGUUCCUCCUCUACCUGGAUGAGAAGAUGGCCCUGGGAAAGAAGUUCAUCCUCAAGGACCUGGACGACACGCACGUCUUCAUCCUGGCAGAGGUGGUGCAGACCCUGCAGGAGAGAGUUGGCGAGUUAAUGGACCAGAAUUCAUUCACCGUCACGCAGAAAUAACAAAGAAGUCUCGCUUCUUGGACUUGAGGCUGUUUUUUUGAGUUUGUCCUUAAAUGAACAUUGUCUGCAAUGUUUUAACUGCAGACUGAAAUGGUGCAUUUGCUCAUUAUUUUGUUGGAAUAAUUUGAAAAAAAAAGUAAAUGUUUACCUGUGUGA